GGUGAGUGUUCUUACCGCCCCAGUUCGGCUAAGAUUAAGAGGCGAAUAGUCUCUGCUGUUCGUGAUUUUCCGCCGGGUUGUGGAAGAAAUGUUCCCUUAAACAAUGCCUUUGCUGGUACUUCUCAGAAUGUACCAAUAGAGGGUACCAGUGAAUCGGAAGCUUUUGUUGGUGCUUCUCAGAGUGUACCGAUAGAAAACUUGGUUGCUGGGGAUAGAAUUGAUGAUGGAAAUGAAGUGGAUGAUAGUGGCUUGAUGAAUAUGGAGCCAGUUGUGAGAGGAACAGCCUUAGAAGAUGAAGUAUUUGAUUUGCGGGAGAAUCCGCAUCAGUUAAGCAACAAUUUGACAAUUGUUGAAGGGGCAGGUCCUGUUGGUACUAAUGAUCAGGCUGAGAAGUUGAUUAGCGGGGAUAGAACUGAUGAUGGACAAAAAGUUGUAAACUUGAUCCUCUCAGCUGGUCAGGUGGGUGGUGAUUCUGACUUGAUGAAUAGGGCUGUUGGUACUGUGGAAACAGUUGAAUUAACAGCCCUAGAGCAUGAAGUAUCUGAUUUGUCAAAGAACCCUCAUCUGGUGUGUGUGGCUACACCGGAUGAAGAGAUGGUUCCUGUGCUGUCAAAUAGAAACUCUUCUUCCAUUUCAGUUUCUAAUGUCAAUGGUCAGGAAAAGACUGCAGCUAGAAGAUAUCCUCCUCGAAGACAUGUCUCAGCUGUUCGGGACUUCCCUCCUUUUUGCGGAAGGAAUGCUGCCACAGAGGCCAGGAAUUUUGGUGAAGAGCAGUCGGAUACGGGUGACAAACCAUCCUCAUCAAAUAUGAAUACCAUCAUGCAACAAGCCAGAGAGGAUGAUGUUCAGGAGGAAGAGUUUCACAAGAAUGAAUUGGGAGGGAAUGUUUCUGAAGUAACUGGAGGUGGAGUUCAAACUGAAUACAAGGGACAUGCCGUAGAAGACAUGGAGAGAAAAGAUCAAUGCAUAGUAUAUUCUGGGAUCAAUGAGGUUUUGGAAGAUACAAGAAAAGAUGACACUGAACCUCAAGAAAGCAAUGGAUGUCAAGGGACGAGGGAGGAUGUUGAACAUUCAGAGAAGAAAGUGGGGAAGCAGAUUGUGGUAUACCAUGAGAAGAACAGUCGAGGGCGAAAUAGUCAAAAAAGUAGGGUGAUUGUACUGGGUUUGAUGGCUGCAUCAAAUUGUGGUAUGAGUGAAAGCAAACAGAAGAAACCAGAUGGUGGUAUGAGUGGAAGAAAACGGAAGAAAACAGAUGGUAUGAGUGAAAGAAAACAGAAGAAACCAGGUGGUGGUGUAAGUGAAUGCAAACCGAAAACACCUGAUUUUAAAUCAGAAGGAUCUAAUUCUACUCCCCAAGGUACAAGCCAGCAGCUUGUUAUUAGGGAUGAGGAUGUGAUUCCAAUAUCAUGUUAUACACAUGUGUGCCCUCCUCCUUUUGGUCAGAGUAGUUUAAGCAAUGAAGUUCGUGAUGAUGGUGCAAUUGUCACCCGAAACAAGGUGAGGGAGACAUUGCGGCUUUUUCAAGCUGUUUAUAGGAAGCUCUUGCAGGAGGAUGAAGCGAAGUCAAAGGAAGGAGGCAACUCCCGCAGAAGGUUUGAUCUUCAAGCAGCAAAGAUCCUCAAGGAAAAAGGAAAAUACGUAAAUCUUGGCAAACAAAUCUUGGGAGCUGUUCCAGGAGUGGAAGUCGGUGAUGAGUUUCAUUAUAGAGUGGAACUUAAUAUGAUUGGCCUACACCGCCAAAUUCAAGGUGGUAUAGAUUAUGUUAGGCAUGGGGGGACAAUCCUUGCUACCAGUAUUGUUGCAUCAGGGGGGUAUGCUGAUGCUUUGGAUAAUUCAAGUUCCUUGAUUUAUACGGGCCAAGGAGGAAAUGUGAUAAAUACAGAAAAGGAACCUGAAGAUCAGAAGCUUGAACGGGGAAACCUUGCUUUGAAGAAUAGUCUGCAUGAAAAGAAUCCUGUUAGAGUGAUUCGUGGGUCUGAAUCAUCAGAUGGAAAAUCUAGGACAUAUGUCUAUGACGGGCUAUAUUUGGUAGAGAAAUGUUGGCAAGAUUUGGGGCCUCAUAAUAAGCUGGUUUAUAAGUUUCAGCUGGACAGAAUUGGGGGUCAACCAGAGCUUGCUUGGAAAGAACUGAAGAAGUCCAAAAAAUGUCAAAUACGUGAAGGUAUCUGUGUCGAUGAUAUUUCAGGAGGCAAAGAGUCAAUUCCUAUCUGUGCUAUGAAUACCAUAGACGAUGAGAAACCUCCAUCAUUCGAAUACAUAACUAGUGUGAUAUAUCCUGAUUGGUGCCGCCCGCUUCCUCCCAAGGGUUGUAGCUGUACUGCUGGAUGUUCGGACUCUGAGAAAUGUUCUUGUGCAGUUAAGAAUGGAGGUGAGAUCCCAUUUAACUUUAAUGGGGCUAUUGUUGAAGCUAAGCCCCUUGUGUAUGAGUGUGGUCCUUCUUGCAAGUGUCCUCCUUCUUGCCAUAAUAGAGUUAGCCAGUAUGGUAUCAAGUUUCAUCUUGAAAUUUUUAAAACUAAAUCAAUGGGAUGGGGGGUGAGAUCCCUUAAUUCCAUUCCUUCAGGAAGUUUUAUUUGUGAGUAUAUAGGAGAGCUCCUUGAAGAGAAGGAAGCUGAAGCAAGAGCUGGUAAUGAUGAGUAUCUGUUUGAUAUUGGGAAUAACUAUAAUGAUAAUUCUCUUUGGGAUGGACUUUCGACACUCAUGCCUGAUGCACACUCAAGUUCUUAUGAAGUUGUGGAGGAAGGUAGCUUCACCAUUGAUGCUGCACGGAAAGGCAAUUUGGGGAGAUUUAUCAACCAUAGUUGUUCCCCUAAUCUUUAUGCCCAAAAUGUCCUUUAUGAUCAUGAGGACAACAGAAUUCCUCACAUUAUGUUCUUUGCCGCUGAGAACAUUCCUCCGUUGCAAGAGUUGACUUAUCAUUACAAUUAUAUAAUGGAUCAGGUUCAUGAUUCCAAUGGCAAUAUAAAGAAGAAGAAUUGCUAUUGCGGUUCUCCAGAGUGCACUGGCAGGCUGUAUUGAGGUAGACUUAACAGGAGAAUUCUGCAUUAAUAGAAAAGAGGCAGUUUGCAGCAGCCAAGUCGGACUUGACUUUCGAUCUAGAAGGAGUUGACUGUGGCUUUUGAGGACACUGAUUAUGAAGGGAAUUUGGAGGCUAUUCUUGUAGCUUAUCCUUAGCUUCAUGCCCCUAAUAAUCAAACAAUCACUUAAUCCUCUUUAUAUUAAGAAACCAUGUUGGAGGCCAAGAACAAUGCGAAUUUGAUGAGUGACAAGUAUAUAUGAAGUGUGAUGAAUUCGGAUAAGACCUGCAAUGUUUCCAAUAAAAGUUGUAGUUGACAUACAUCUUUCAGAGAUCUAGUUUUAUUUCUAUUAUUAAUA